AUGAACAGCCACCUUCUCCGAGGGCCAAGUCAAACCGGCGACCUCCCCGGGGCGCCUGAGCACCCGCUGGAAGGCAUCUCCAGCAGCACCCACUCGCUUGCUCCAUCCAAGUCCAGUUCGUCGCUCUCUGCUAAACUCCGCCGGCACGGGAACAAGGUUGUCUCAGCCCUCAAGUCGUUGGCCACCGGCUCUUGCGAACAGCCUGUCGCCACGGAUGCGUUGAGCACAGCCCCCGGGGGACAUCUGAUAAAGUCGGCCUUCGGAUUCGGCGUACACAAGGUGUCGAGCGCCAUAUUCCGCGGCCCAAUGCAGCCAACGGUCGUCCACAGGGCCUCACCAAAAGGUCGACCCAUUGUGAGGGAAACCUUCCAGACGGCAGCUCCAUUGCAAGCAGCAAUAUGCACUGUGUCCGCGCAGAUGCAAACGACGGGCUCGGAUACCAGCCCCAACAGCGCCAGCACUUCCAAGAGCAGCAGCUCUGCGCAAACGAGCUCAAACUCGACGGCUAAGACUUCUGCGGUUUCGGUGUCGAAGAACAAGAGUCCUAACAUAGUGAGAGGCGCGCGAGAACAGGGCCCAAACGCCGACGUACAGCGGUUUCGCCGAAGCCCCGGCCCCAAAGCGAACAGUAUUCCUUGUGCCCCUCCGGACAACAACCUCGGCACCAUUCAGGAGAUGCCCUUCGGCCUCUGGUCUCCCGGCAUUGCGACGGUCGAGCGCGCAGCGGCCGCCAAAGUUCACCUCGAGAUAUACUUCAACGAGCUUCUCGCCUCUGGGCCUUCUCCACGGCAGAUGAGACAGCAGAUCCUCGAAACAGACUUGUUCAACCGCGCCCGAAAGAGAGGCACGCCCCUGACUGCGGCCGAGAUGCAGGCCGCCCGGGCCCAAUUCUCGCGGCGCGAAAGCGAGUACCUGCGGGAACUGAGGGUAAUGAAGACGAGAAGUCUCAGGGCGCUCGCUCGGUCAGGAGAAGCGGGUCGCGUGAUGGGCUACGAGACGCUCAAGAGUUUGGGGAAAGGGAGCUUUGGUGUGGUGAGGUUGGUGAAGGACUGCCGGAGCGGCCAGCUCUAUGCAAUGAAAGUGAUCAACAAAAUCAAGACGCUGAGGAUAAGCCAAGAAGGGCAUCUGAGAGCAGAGAGGGACAUUCUGGUGGCCAGCGAGGGGUCUAGAUGGAUCGUUCCACUCGUCGCCAGCUUCCAAGACCUGUCGAAUCUGUACCUCGUAAUGGAGUACAUGCCCGGUGGAGAUUUCCUGAGUCUCCUGAUGCGGGAAAAUAUACUACAUGAGUCAGUGGCGCGCUUUUACAUCGCCGAGAUCGUCCUGUGCGUCGAGGCGGCGCACUCGCUCAAGUGCAUUCACCGAGACAUCAAGCCCGACAACUUUCUCGUCUCGGCCUCGGGCCACCUGAAGAUCAGCGACUUCGGUCUAGCAUUCGAUGGGCACUGGUCCCACGACACGACGUACUACACCAGUCACCGAGAAGACAAGGAGGAGGCUGGCAAGCCUGAGAAGCCGGAAAAGAAGCGGUCUAGCGGUGUCAAUGCGAGCAUCACGAGGCAUCACAAGAAGGACCUGGGCGACGGCGAACCUCUGCUGAACUGGCGCAACAGGUGCGGGAACCGCAAGGACGCCUGGAGUAUCGUAGGGACCAGUCAAUACAUGGCCCCGGAGGUGAUCCAAGGAAAGAAAUACGAUGCGCGGUGCGACUGGUGGAGCGUCGGCGUCAUCCUGUUCGAAUGCAUUUACGGCCACACGCCCUUCCUGUCCGAGGACCGGCACGAGACCAAGAACAACAUCGUGAAUUUCCGGGAGACCUUUUACUUCCCACCACGCCCGGCCGUGUCCCGCCGGUGCCAGCAUCUCAUGCUCUCACUGAUCACGGAGAAGGAGUACCGGCUAUGCUCCGAGCGCUACCGCAUGAAGGAUCUUGUCUCGCCGUCCAAGUCCUCCGGCCGACGCUCAAUCCGGCGUCCUGGCUCGAACUCGAGCUCGCGUGGCCGCGGAGUGCGCGACUUCGCGGGCCGCUAUGUGUUUCCUUACGAUGCCGAGGACAUCAAGGCACACAAGUGGUUCCGCAACAUUCCGUGGGAGCGGCUGCACGAGCUGAACCCUCCGCUCGUACCCAAACUCUGCUCUGUCGAUGAUACGCACUACUUUGGAAAGGUGUCGGUCAGCGACGACCCGAGCGAGAGUGACCCAGAGGACAGCGGCGUUCUGUUAGAGGAAGCUAUCGAGGGCGCGAACACAGAGCUAACCCGGGUCCGACAGCCAUGCCCGACCCAGGGGCCUCCAACAAGUCAUCUUACCGUCGCGGGACACCAUCCAACCGGCCAUGCCCACCCUCAUCAGCAACAGCUUUUCCAGCAGCCUGACCUGUCGAGAAGCGCCACGAAGGACGAAUACUCGAGUCCCCAUCCCUUGUCGCCAUGGGAAACUCCGGUCCCGCUACCGCCACCAACGAAGGAAGAACUUGCCUACCUCCGACCACUGUGCCCUCUCCUGCAGGAACUGGCCCUGAACGUCCGAGCCGUCACGGCACCGCGGCGAGUGGGCAAGUCCCACAGCCCCACCCAGGCACUAGCGCUCUUGGAGAAUUGCAUGGCGCAGCUGCCGAAUACGGACGAGUCCGAGAAGGACCGACUGCGCGAGUUUGUUCGACGCUUCGGCGGUCGCCCGGUCGGGUGGCGCCCGCGCAAACGGCCCCGCGACCGGCUGCUGCGCGACGCGGGGACCAAGAGGAUUGCGCUCGAGGUGAGGAGGCGCACCGCGUUUCUCGGCUAUGAGUGGCGCCGCAUGGAGGAGGUUGAUGAGCUGGCGAUGCUACAGCCGGGGACGGGGAUGCUGGGUGGGGGGAAUGUUGGUGUUGUGGAAGAGGAGCCGGUUCCGGUUCCUCUCGGGGCUCGAGUCCGCGACCAAGCUGGUGUUGCUGCUGGUGGUUGGGGCAAGCUCAAGGAGAAGAACCAUGAUGGUCACGAUAGUGGUGUCGUCUUCCCGGCGGAGGAAGGGGAGAACGCACAUAUUGUCCCGCCGUCCCAUGGGGAGGGAACUGUGGGUGUCACGACCGGUGAUCGCCGAAGCCCAGACCCCAUCCUACAGCAGCGCGACCGCCGCGGCGGGUUCCAAGCUUGGGGAGGGGAUGUUGCGUUGCUACGGGCUUUGCACAGCGGCCCGUGGAGUCUGCAGUGA